ACACCGCAUGCGCAGCUGGAUAUUCAAACUUGAAUAUAAUCGGGCGAACAACUUAUUUAUUUAGACUUUAAACACGGGGAAACUGCCACAAUGUCUGUUCAAGCAACAAAUCCCAACAACCCGAUUGUUUUCUUCGACAUUACCAUCGGAGGGCAGGAUGUUGGACGGAUGAAGGUGGAGCUGUUUGCUGAUGUGGUUCCAAAAACAGCAGAGAAUUUCCGGCAGUUCUGCACUGGAGAGUUCAGGAAGGAUGGUGUCCCUAUUGGCUACAAGGGUUGCACAUUCCACAGGGUGAUCAAAGACUUCAUGAUACAAGGAGGGGACUUUGUAAAUGGUGACGGAACUGGUAUCUGCAGCAUCUACAGAGGUCCAUUUGCAGAUGAAAACUUUCGGAUGAAGCAUUCUGCGCCUGGCCUUCUAUCCAUGGCAAACAGCGGUCCAGGGACAAAUGGUUGUCAGUUCUUCAUUACCUGCACUAAGUGUGACUGGUUAGAUGGAAAGCAUGUUGUUUUUGGAAAAGUGGUCGAUGGUUUGCUGAUCAUGAGAAAAAUUGAGAACGUUCCUACAGGACCCAACAAUAAGCCCAAGCUACCCAUCCUCAUUGCACAGUGUGGAGAGAUGUGAGCCAGCUUUCUCCAAACGCCAUCAUUGGAAGUGAGAAAACGGCACGAUCUCUGUAAAGAUGAAGCAGCGUCUCAAGAUUACUGGAUACUUCUCAACAAACCUCAUACCACAUAUUUUUUUCCCUUUAUGGAUGCCCUCUGCCAAAAUGCACACUGAAAGACAUUACAGAAAGUUCAGCGGUGCAUCAUUUUAGUCUUAUUCUGAAUUUGCUGCACCUGAUUCCAGAUGGGUUUGAAGUUUUGUUUGCUCAAUAUCACGUUCAACACUGUCAUUAAUGAUAUAGCCAAUUCCUGUCAUGAAUAGACAAAUAAGAAAAUGUCUCUUUUUCUAAGCCUGGAGAAAAUAUUAGGAGGCUAAUUCAGUGACUCUGUAUCGUUUAUGGUCAAUAAAUUGUUUUACAUUUU